AUGGACACAAAUCAAACUAGUUUGAGCAUUCUAAUGUUCCCAUGGAUAGCUCAUGGACACAUAUACCCCUACCUUGAACUAGCCAAAAACCUCUCAAACCACAACUUCCAAAUCCACUAUUGCUCAACCCUAAUCAAUCUCACAUCCAUCAAAAAAACCCUAGCAACAUCUCCCACACUUGGUGUCCCACUCCGUCUAAUCGAGCUCCGCCUCCCGGCCACCCUGGACCUCCCACCGGAGCUCCACACCACCAAAAACGCGCCCCCAACCCUAAUUCCGAAGCUCCACGAGGCCUUCCAUCGAUCAAGAUCAAACUUCUACGCCAUCAUCUCCUCCCUCAAACCCGACCUACUCAUCUACGACUGCUUCCAGCCGUGGGCCGCCUCCACGGCCUCCGCCCUAGGCAUCCCGGCCGUCUAUUUCUCGGUGUCAUCGGCCGCAACCUACUCAUUCCACCACCACCUCUACACGGUCAAGAACUCGCCCUUCCCCUACGACGCAAUGUACCUUCGAGGCCACGAGGAGAGGGCUUUCAAGCGCACGAUCGUGGGCAAGAUCCUCGAAGAAGACGAACAAGAACACGCUUUCGCCUUCUUCAAACAAUCUCGAGAAAUCGUCUUGAUCAAGACAUCAAGAAUUCUCGAAGGUAAAUACAUUGACUACUUAUCUCUCUUGUGUAAGAGGAUUCAAAUCCCGGUUGGCUCUCUCAUUACAUCAUCAUCAUCAACGAAGGAUGAUGAUGAUGAUCAAACUAAAAUGAUCAUGAAAUGGUUGAGCGGCAAGAAACGGUUUUCAACCGUUUUCAUCUCCUUUGGGAGUGAGAACUACUUGUCUAAUGAUCAAAUGCGCGAGAUAGCAAAAGGGUUGGAGAUUUGUGGCGUCAACUUCAUAUGGGUGGUGCGGUGUCCGAGAGGAGAGGCGGCGGCGGCGGUGGAGCUGCCGGAGGGGCUUCUCGAGAGGGGGAUGAUCGUGGAGUGGGCCCCGCAGGAGAGGAUAUUAGGGCACCCGAGCACGGGCGCCUUUGUGAGUCACUGUGGAUGGAGCUCGACUCUGGAGAGCAUACAUUUUGGCGUGCCGGUUAUAGGCUUACCGUUGAAGGUCGAUCAGCCGUUCAACGCUAGGCUGAUGGUGGAGGUGGGCGUGGCGGUGGAGGUGGCGAGGGACGGGGAUGGGAAUUUCGGGGGCGGCGCGUUUGCCGAUGCGGUGAAUGAGGUGGUUGGCGGGAAAAUUGGGGAGGGGAUGAGGGUUAGGGCUAAGGAGUUGAGUGAGAGGAUGAGGAGGGAAGAGGAGAUGUUGAUAGGUGAAGCUGCAAGGCAGCUGAGGAGGAUUUGUCUCGAGUCAAAGCGAAGGUAA